AAAGUAUCACGCUAAAGGAAGUUAUUCCAGUCAGGCACAGAGAUCAGCAGGAUGUAUAUAGUGCUCGGGGUUUGUUAUUGCACUUUGUGUUAAUUAGUAGCUAAACAUGUGACUUUUUCACGAAAGGAAGGAGAAGGAAUUGUGUAUUUGACUACACGGUUAUUUUUCCUUUCAGCUAAUUGAACUGGAAAAAGUUUUUUUUUUAAUAGAAAAAAAACAGCAUGGCGUGUUCUGCCGUUACCAGGUGUUUCUUCGACUACUUCACUCCUAAAAUCCUGGUAAUCCAGAGCAAGAAAGUGGGAGCGAUUAACCGCCUGGGUCAGGCUUUGGUUAUAGCUUAUAUUGUAGGAUAUGUGUGUGUUCUGAAGAAGGGCUACCAGGACACUGACUCUGUCAUCAGUUCAGUCACUAUCAAGGUGAAAGGUAUCGCUCUGACCAACACAUCGGACUUGGGCUUGCGGGUUUGGGACGAGGCCGACUACAUUGUUCCCCCUCAGGUAGUCCAUUGUUCUAAGAAAGAAAAGGAGGAGAAUUCAUUCUUUGUUUUGACAAACCUGAACAUCACACCAAACCAGACACAAUCACGAUGUGCUGAGAAUCCUGGAAAUGAAACAUCAUGCAGCUCAGAUCAAGAUUGUAGGAGAGGAUUUCGAGACAGUCGCAGAAAUGGUGUGCAAACAGGCAGGUGUGUGGACUUUUCAAGGACAGAGAAGACGUGUGAGGUGUUUGCCUGGUGUCCUCUGGAGAAAGACAAUAGUCCACCAAAACCUGCAAUGCUAGCAGAAGCAGAAAACUUCACGGUCCUGAUAAAGAACAACAUUCGCUUUCCCAAAUUCAAUUUCAACAAGCGAAACAUACUGCCCCAUGUAAACAGCUCCUACCUCUCGCACUGUGUGUUUAACCGUACGGCGGAUCCCGACUGCCCGAUCUUUAGACUCAAAGACAUUGUGUCUGAAGCCAAUGAAGAUUUCCAGACCAUGGCAGUGCAGGGAGGAGUGAUGGGAGUGCAGAUCCACUGGCACUGCAAUCUGGACUUGUCUGAAAAGUCCUGCGUCCCUCAAUAUGCCUUCCGCAGAUUGGAUAAUAAGGAUCCGGACAACGUUGCCCCUGGAUACAACUUCAGAUUUGCAAAAUAUUACACCAAUGCAGAUGGCCAGGAGACCAGGACGUUAAUCAAAGGCUACGGCAUCCGAUUUGAUGUUAUGGUCUUUGGAAAUGCAGGAAAAUUCAACAUUAUCCCAACCCUGCUCAACAUCGGAGCUGGCUUGGCACUCCUUGGCCUGGUAAAUGUGGUGUGUGACUGGAUUUCUCUAACUUGCAUGCAAAAGAGGCACUUUUACAGAGAACAGAAAUUUACUUAUGUGAAUGACUAUGAGACUUUGUCCAAUGAUGUUCCAUAGAAGCAGUGCUCUCAAGGCCUAAGGACUUGCUGGAUACCUGUUGUCAGCUGUUAUUAUUAUUAUUAUUAUUUUUAGUAGUAUUUGAUUACUGUGCUGAAAACAUUUACUUGUACAUGUCAAUUAAAUGAAAUGGAAUCAA